AUGAAUUUUUCGCAACCAAAGAAAUUUGAGGCUAAUGCUUUUGAAUUUGAACGCGAAUCUGAAUUGUCGGAAAACAGCGGUAGCAACUAUAGAGGUUAUUCGAGUGAACCGAACUCGUCGUAUGAUAAUGGCGAAGGUUCUGUAACCAGUCUCGAUUUUUGGGACGAAUUCGAUUUCGAGAGUACUAGUGAUGAUACGCAGCUUGAAGGCGAAUUAUGGGAGCUCUUUGUGGAAUGUUUCUCCGAGUCGCCAGAGGUCGAAUUAUUGUUUGAAAAAUUUAAAGAAUAUAAGGAAAGAAAUGAACUCAAUUCCUUUUUUGAUUUAUAUUUGAACGGGAGAGAGGAGGAAAGUGCUCGCUCGUAUACAUCAUCAUCACCUGCUAUUUUCACGGUGAGAGAAGACGAUGAUGAUAAUGAUCCUUCACGAUUAAAAAAACCUCGAAAGAGGAAAAAGAAGAAAAGACAAGAUGAUUCUUACCCUCCGAAUUUUGAUUCUAGUCCGGCAUCGUUGCAAUCACCGGCAUCCGCAAGUUUAUCAUCAUCCUGGGAUGCUCAGUGGCCGCCGUUACCUUCAUCGACUCCUCCCGAAAAUAAAAUGAGGAGUUACUCGAGUAUUAUAAAAGAGAAUGUUGAUUUGGCAUACAAUAAUAAACUAAAUUUAACCAAUCAACGCGAGUCGAUAAAACGAUUAUCCGAAAUAUUUCCUCAACACGAUGUUCAACUGUUGGAGGAAAUUUUGGAGAAUGUCAACGGUGUGGUAGAACGUGCCAUCAAUAUAUUGUUAGAGGUAGAAAACACUGAGAUCUGUUCUAAUGUUGAAACCAGUGAAUCUAGAAUUAGCCAAAAGAAGAAAAACCGUAAUAACUCGACAAAGUCCCAGAGCAUAAUGCGAAGUUCAUUUAUCAUUUCCUCGUCAAGAUUCUCACGCGACGAGAAAUUUUCGGACGAAGAAGAGUACUCAGAUUAUGAUCCCGAUCAUUGCCGUAAGAUGGUUAACGAUCUCACGGAGAAGCGUAAUGAUGCUUUUAAACAAGCGCUCAAAUCCUGGAGAAAUUCACGUAAUUCACGCAACGGAGAGGGUGCAAUUGCAUCUCACUAUUCAAGAAUGGGACAUGAUUACGAUGAAGAAAUAAAAAAGUGGAAGAUGAGGGCCGCAAGAUCUGUAGUACAGCAAAGAAGUAAGGCAGGCGGAGAUGACUAUUUACUUGAUCUCCACGGAUUGACGGUCAAUGAAGCCCUGACGGUGGUAAGAGAGAGGUUGAGAAAGUGGUAUUCAAAAGACACGACAAAAUCCGGUAAGAAGGAUGUUUGUGUGUCCCUCAUUCUAAAGAGUAUUUCACGAUCAUCAACCUUCUUAGGUAAUAUGUCUCUGAGACCCCUAAAAAUUAUUACCGGCGUAGGUAAUCAUUCGCCCAGAGGGAUAGCGAAAUUGCCGGAUGCAGUAAGUCGUUUCUUGGACGAGCAUAAUUGGAUUUUUUCUAGGGACAAGGGGUAUGUUUUGGUCAAAGGCUUGAGAGGUAAUAAUGCAUUACGAUCUUGA